GAAUCUUGGGAAAUCUGGACUGAGAGUGUCCUGCUUAGGACUGGGAACAUGGGUGACAUUUGGCUCUCAGAUCUCUGAUGAGAUGGCGGAGAGCGUGAUGACGGUGGCGUACGACAGUGGAGUGAACUUGUUCGACACAGCAGAGGUUUACGCCUCGGGGAGGGCAGAGACGACUCUUGGAAACAUCCUGAAGAAGAAAGGAUGGAGGAGGUCCAGUUAUGUGGUGACCACUAAGAUCUACUGGGGAGGACAGUGA